AAAACACAAAAGAGAAACUCACCAGCCAAAGAAACAGACCAGAACCAGAACAGAGAGACAGUAGCAGCAGCAGUACAGAGAGACAACAGUAGGGCAACAAACUCCAAACGAAGCAAUCAAACUAUCUCCAGCAAAGUAGGGAAGACAAGGAAACCAGCAAACCAAACCAGAACAGCAACAGAACUAAGGAAUUGAAUUUCUGUUGCAACAAAAACAGCAAUCAAGCCCACCAAACCAGUCCACAAUGAAACCACGAAGAGAGAGAGAGAGAGCAUCAAUGGAGUCACGAAGCGGAAGGAACAGCCAGACGAUCACGAAGAAGAGAGGGCAGCACCAGACGAGUUUGCUGAACAACUCGAAUGGGAAUAUCUGCAACCUGAGGCUAAUUCCGAACACACGCAGAAGCAAUCCAGCAGUUGUGGGACACUGUGGCAGUCACUUGACACUUACAACAUCAACGGCUAAGUUGGGUGCGGCCAUAAUUAAGCCUGAUGACCAAGAGCUAUCUGUUGAUGACUUGGCAGAUCAGAUUGCUGAGAUUCUUGACUACUUUGGACUCAGUGCAGUAAUGUUUAUGGGGGUGACUGCUGGAGCUUAUAUCGUUUCCCUGUUUGCUAUGAAAUAUUCACAGCGUGUUCUUGGUUUGAUACUAGUUUCUCCUCUAUGUAAAGCACCGUCGUGGACAGAAUGGUUGUAUAACCAGGUCAUGUCAAAUUUACUUUACUUUUAUGGCACGUGUAGUGUGGCAAAGGAGUUAUUGCUUAUGCGUUACUUCAGCAAGGAAGUUCGUGGUAAUUCACAAGUACCAGAAUCGGAUAUGGUUCAAGCAUGCAGAAGAUUGCUGGAUGAGAGGCAGAGUCCAAAUGUUAUACGGUUUCUUGAAGCUAUUCAACGGAGACCAGACAUCACUGAUGGACUGAAGACACUACAAUGCCGGUCUUUAAUAUUUGUUGGGGAGAAUUCUCCUUUCCAUGCAGAGGCAUUACACAUGACUUCGAAACUAGAUAGAAGACAUAGUGCCUUAGUCGAGGUUCAGGCAUGUGGGUCGAUGGUGACAGAGGAGCAGCCCCAUGCCAUGCUGAUACCGAUGGAAUGCUUCCUCAUGGGAUAUGGCUUCUACCGGCCAUCUCAGUUCAAUGUCAGCCCAAGAAGUCCAUUGAGCCCGACUUCCAUCUCUCCAGAGCUUUUCUCACCAGAGAGUAUGGGCUUGAAGUUAAAGCCAAUAAAAACACGAAUCUCUUGAAGAUAAAAGGUAGGAGCAAGAUAUUUUUUUUUUGUAAUCUAUAUAUAUGAAGAAAGAAUUUGUAUUUUCACCUGAUUGGAUGGGGAUUAUAAAUGUGGAAAUUAUUGGAGGAUUGUGGAUAAGACGGAAAAGAGAAUGGUACAAACCAAAAAGUUCAGAAAAGGAGAGAUUCGGAUUCUUUCAAUUGUAAUCAUAAAUGAAAUGUUAGUUGAGGGCCAAGUUAUCUGUACAUCCCCAAAAUAAGAGGUGGGAGAAGAACUUAUGCUUUGUCAGUUGUUAAACACACUUGUUCAUUGUUUCUUUUCAUGUUCAAUUGAAUUUGUUGUUGUUUAAGGGCAA